AUGUCUCUCCAACCCUUCUUUGAAUUGCACCCCUUCCAAGACGUCUUUUCUGACUUUUUGAGUUAUUCUCCUCGUGUCCAACGCCAGAACCGUGUUGGUGAUUUGUCACCGGCCAUUGAUGUUCAUGAAGGCAAAGAUACCGUCGAGGUGGAUGUAGAACUUCCUGGUGUCAAAAAGCAAGACGUACAGGUUCAUUACGAUGAAGGAAAAUUGACGAUUUCUGGUGAAUCUGUAAACGAACGCAAGAGCGAAAGCGACAAAGGAAACCAAAGAUGGUCGGAACGUCGCUUUGGUUCCUUCUCUCGAACAAUCACCAUUCCAAACAGGGUGGACGCCUGUACCGCAUUGAAGCUCAAUUUAACCACGGUAUUCUAA